AAGUGUUGUUUUGCAUAACAAAAGGUAAUCCCUCAGGCAGCAGGAUCCCCACACUACAAAAUACUUAAGUAAAAACUGGCUGCACACCACUUGGGGUGGGGGCAGGGCAUGCUCCCUAGGACAGUGGUGUCAAGUGCUCUUCAUCCCUGCAAGUGCGGGCCAGGAGAGGUUAGGCCGUGGGUCCAAGCUGUCCUCCUUUCACAUUUGUAGGUUGUCUCCAAACACCAUGGUGACCCCCCACAAGAAGAGCAUGCUGGGAAAUGGGAACUACGACGUGAAUGUCAUUAUGGCAGCACUUCAAACCAAAGGCUAUGAAGCUGUUUGGUGGGACAAGCGCAGGGACGUCAGUGCCAUUGCUCUCACUAAUGUCAUGGGCUUCAUCAUGAAUCUGCCCUCUAGCCUGUGCUGGGGUCCAUUGAAGUUGCCUCUCAAAAGGCAGCACUGGAUCUGUGUUCGAGAGGUGGGAGGUGCCUACUACAACCUCGACUCCAAACUGAAGGUGCCCGAGUGGAUUGGAGGCGAGAGCGAGCUCAGGAAAUUUCUAAAACAUCAUUUGCGAGGAAAGAACUGUGAACUCCUGCUGGUGGUACCAGAAGAGGUGGAGGCCCAUCAGAGUUGGAGGGUUGAUGUGUAAUGCAGUUCUACCUAACCUUCCCUUGCCUAAAUCCUCCGUGAUGUGCUGUGGCCUAUACAGUGGGUCUGUCCUUGCCACUUCCCCAAACAUCUCAUUGGGUUUUUCCCCUCAGAUUUGACAGUGCAAUAGGACAGAUGUGUGGAUGGUUGUAAGAACCAGCAAGCGUUACCUGCUCCUGGGAAUGGAAGAUAGGAGCUCUAUGUGCUUAAGGCAAGCAACCGAAGACCCUUGUUUUAUAUGAGAGGAGAAAGAAAGGUGGGUCUCAGCUGCUUUUCCCUUUCUGUGAGGACUUGACAGAGGCUCUGGAGUUCACUGCUGCUGUACUCGGCUGGAGAUGCUGCCUCCACUAGCCCUUUCCUGGUGACCAGUGGGUCUGAAGGCAGUAAGUGCAGAAAGUCCGUGUGACUGGCUUGUAGGACCCAGAGCAUAAGGGGCCUCUCAGGAAACCAUCUCCAAAACCCCAGCAGCAGUACAACAUGCUCUCUCCAAACCUUAAUGCCACCCCCAUUACCCUCACAUUUAAGGGUGACUGAUGGCCACCCUUGGGAGUUUUAUAAUGAAAAAGUUCUCUAAUAUUCCAUGCUGGGUGGUUGAGUCCUGCAAAUUUCUAGUGUGACAUGG